CGGGUAGUAGCCGCCAGGUGUCGCACGUUGCGGUAUGGUGAGAAUCCGCCAGGUGUCGCUGCUCUCCCUCCUCCGUUCCCGCUCGGGGCCGCGUCCCUAGUAACAGGCUGCCGGGGGCGGCUGCAGGCUGAGGCGGGAGAGAGAGAGGCUGAGCCGGGCUGCUGGGAGCCGGGAGGGCGCAGGCGCUGUUGGGACGAUCUUCAGCCGGACACAGACAUGGAGGAGGCGGCUGGAAGCGCAGAGUCUCCGGGGGAGGCGGGGAGCCGGCCGGGGGCUGCGGAGUCGUGGUACCAGCUGCUGCCAGAGGCGGAUGCCAGCGUGGUGCCAGCGCUGAGCGAGACGCACAUGGAGCACACGGAAUUUGCCAGCAUAGAGGAAGGAACGCUGCAGUCUCUGACCGGCCUGGGGCGGAUGCACUCUCUACGCCUGGAUAUGCAGGACAGCAGCCUGUCCCCAUGCCUCCCGCUGCUGACCUCCGCCUCCACCCCAGGACACAAGUUCUUUGGAGACACUUUAUUCCAACAGACGGAGACGGACUUUGCACCUCUAAGAGCUUCGCUGGAUACGUCCGACUUCCCUGGGCCUCCGUCGUUACAGAUGAGAGAUGCGGUGGUGCUGGCCAGUAAGGAGGUAUUGCUGGAGCAGGCAGACCGGGACUUCUCCCUGUCGCAGCACGUGUCGGGAAUGAGCCCGGCCGGAGGCGGUGAUGUCAGCAGCAGCACGCAGUACCUGUCACAGCAUCCACUGUCUGUCAGUCAUGGAGACAGAGGAGACCACGUUAUUCCCAUGGACGCUGACCCUGAAUCAGGAGAGAUGAAGAGGGCAGCAGGCAAGGAGACCACGCAGCUGUCUGUAGAGGAGCUCAGCCGAGAGGACGGAGCUUUCCUGUGUAGCAGCGUCCCUGCCCCUGUGCUGCUGGAGCUGCUGGAGAAGGAGGUUGGUUUGUCUGGGAGCAGUAGUACAUCUUCUAGACGUUCCUCACAGUCCGUGCCUGAGCCAGAGAAAGUAGAUGUCUUACAGCAGGAACCCGCCCCAGGGCGACACAGGCUCAACAUGUCGGCACCUGGCGUUGAAGCUGAAAGAGGGACAGUACCGGAGCCGUUACGACAAGGAGAAGCAUUUCCAGGACACCAUGAUACAGACGUUCUCCGUAAUGUCAUGAGGGAAAGCGCAGCGCUCGGAGGAGUUAGUGAGUUACAUCCGCCUGGCACGGUCAUACACCAAACAGGGCAACCGCCCCCCGAGCCGCCUACAGGCGACCUUCACAAGCAGCUGUGCUCGGAAAUCCAGCAACGAUACCAGGAAAAGGAGUUGUCAGAGGAAAAUAGUGCAGCCGUGCCCUCUGACCGCUCCGCGGAGGUGGCCUACCAUACUGAUGACACGGCGGAAGCGCACUCCCCCGACGAGAUGACCAUCUCUCGCUGCAGCAUAGAACGUGGGCACAAGGACACAGAGACGCUCCAUGCGGGCAACACCCCGCUGGAUGAGACUGCGUUCAUUGACCGAUUGGCUCAUCCCAUUUCGCAGUCAACACCCGGAACGUUUCCCGUCAGCCGGAAACCGCUCUCUGGCAGGAUACAGCAAAUCAAAGCCAAACUCACCGGCUCAGAGAUGUCUCUAGACGAAGAGCCCUCCGGUGCCUCCCCUAACACUGAGGUGGCCCCCAAAGGGGUGCCCCAGUCUGUCCAGAGCAGCCAAGGCUACCCAGAGAGCAGUGACUCCCAGAGAUCGCUCUCCCCACAGAGGCGGAGGAUCCAGUCCCUGCCCAGCUUGAACUAUAUCGAAAAGGUGGGAACUUGGAACACAAACCAGUCGUUUGAUGCCCUGGUCCUGCGCGGCCUGACGGGCGUGUCUCCCAAAAAGCUAGCUUACGAUGCAGUGGCUAAUUCCCUGAACCGCUUGUUGUCCAGGCAGACCAGCGGCACCGUUCCUAGGAAGGGACCGGCAGCCUCAUUCAAGGGGGCGUCCUCUAUGAGCAAUCUGGAUGUGGGAGCUAGCGAGUCCUCCGCGGUCUCCCAGCUGGCCCGGUCUCAGUCUUAUAACUCUGUAGUACCAGCUGGUGGUGGAAACGCAUCGGAGAAGUGGACGGAGGCAGCUGUGGAAGGGCGGCAUGACAUGGCCACGUCCAGUAGUGUCCGAUCUUCUGGCGCUACGGGAAGCGCCUCCACCCUCCUGAGCAAUAAUGCGGAUGAUGAAGUGAAAUGCAACGAUGGAGCCUCCGGUGUGGGAAAGACUGAGGACACCCAGCACCAGGAACGAGAAAAGGAACCUGGUGAUGUGGUAACUAUGGGUCUCUUCAGUGACGUUUCCCUCGAUCACGAAUUCUCCAGUAGCUCUCAUUCAGGUGGCCCCAUCGGAGAGAUGCUCCUGGGUUCUACGGCUUCCUCCAAGCACGAACUGACCAGCUCAGAUGCAGAUCACUUUGUCCCCUUCUGGACACCUGCUGAGAAGACACCAGAGAAGGAUGAGCUCAACAUAGAGGAGAGAAUACCGACCUAUCUCCGGAACCUGGGAAUUGAUCAGUCCCCUACAACCAUCCUGACCCCCUUUGCUCUUAAAGGGCCAAUCCGGGAGCCAGAGUUCUCCCCUACGGAACUGCGGACAAUCAAAGGUUCCACCGCCACGCCCAGCAGAAGUACCAAGCUCUCAGAGGGGGGCUCACAGAGUGGUCCUAAUAUCUCCCAGUCAAGUCUGUAUUCAUCUGCAUCUACAACCAGCGUGUCUAUUCCGAUGGGGUCAAUGGCCGGACCAGAGUCUCCUUCAUCCACUGAAAUGUCUCCAGUCAGACCCGUCAGCCAGGACGACACUAUGGCCCAGGCUAUAGAAAGUCCCCUAGAAGAGUGCUCCUUCCAGACAUCUGACCGAGAAAAGAUGAUAUUGGCUCCUGCUGCUCCACCAGCUACUGACGUCCGCUUGCCCCAGACUGUAUCCCAUGCGUUGCAGCAAAGUGACCACACUGCUACUGAAUCAUCAUAUGUUAAACAGCUGGUCGAUCAGUUUGACUCAGGUGGUUAUGACCUACAAAGUGCUGCAAAGCAACCUCUCAACGCGGACUCUAUAAAUGACUCCUUUGUUGGGUCCAAGACUCUAAAAGAGAUCCGGAAACUCUUGGAAGAAGCGGAUGAUGUUGGCCUUGAUGGGACCGGAUCUGGUGUACACCUGGCAUCUCCUCUAAGAGACCCUUAUGGCAUGACUCCUCCAGUGGGCCUGAACUUAGAAGACUCUCUAAAGUCUUUAGAUUCUCUAAAGUCUGGCACUCUGACUAGCCGGUCGGAAAGUCCAUUGGAUCUCCUGGUGAAGGACAUGUCAUGGGACACCUCAUUUAACAGCAGCGUAAUGAGCGACAACUUGGGAAAUAAAGACUCGUGGGUGAAAGCAGAUCCUCAGUUUGGAGAUUACUCUGGUCAUAGUUCUCCUGUUAAGGACAAUUCCUACAUAGGAGAACUUGUUAAGCCCAGGCGCCACCCGGCAGCAAACAUUACUAUUCGCGAUCAUUGGGGACGAUCAGAACCAGAGGGCUCUAGUGAAGCAACGGGAAAUAAGGUUAAGCCAUCUGGUGUCCAGGACAACCGUGACGGGGGCAGAUGUGGCGCUGGAGACAUAAGCGGCAAAGUACAACGUUCGGAAGAACUUCUAAGCAGCGUGACAAGUUCAGUGGGUAACCUGAAACAGACCCUGGCUCUCACUGGUGCCGGGUACAUAAGGAGCAGAGAGGUGGAAAGUGAUGAGAGUAGCGGUGACUCUCUGGCUGCGCGAGUUACAAGUCUACUGAAGAGCGCUACUCCGUUCCCUUCUGCAUCGCGAGUUCUACAGACCGCAGAGGAAGAUGGCGGCAGAGUGCAACGGUCUGUGAAGCUGAAACUGGCCAGUCCGCCGAUGAUGAUGAAGGACACAGAUCUGAGCGAAGAAGACAGAAGACGAAUAGAGGAAAUAAAGAAAGAGCUGCUGGAUGGAGCUAGGAAAGCUGAACGGCUGAAGGAUGGUGAUCACUCACGUGUUGGCGCAAGUGACCUGGCUCCUAUGAGGGACACACCCAGCUUCAGGUUACAGCUGACCCCGUCGCCUGCCCAUGGCCACCUACAUGUCACUAGCUCCCAGGAUUCACUAGAGAACCGCUCAGUUCAGCUAUUUCCACCCUCCAGCGGCGACAAUGUCCGGGGUGACGCCACAGCUUUAGAGAUUGGUAAAGAUCUGAUGAUCCCUGCUUCCUACCAUGAAGGUCUGAUGACCGAGCUUCACACUCCGGGACAAACAGGGGGAGCAUCUCGGGGAGUGGACACUCAGUCUGUGCUGCCGGUAAUACUCGGCGAUGACGCUAAAAAGCCAAUUGCUUCUAUCACGUUUUCAUCACGCAAACGUUCCUCAUCCCGUUCCAUAUCGCCCAGCCGUUCCUCACCCCGAUCCAUAUCUCCCAGCCCUAAAGCUGCUGAUUCUGAGUGGUCACAGAUUGUGGUCUUCGAUAAAUCAACUAUUGACCUGGAUUUCCAACGCACACAACCUCAUGUGGCUUUAAGGUCAACGGACGACCAUCGUUCCAUUCUUGCACAAGAUGUUUCCAUCUCUCACUUGCCUGGUAUAGAUGAGGUUCCAUACCAGCUGCCCGCGGCUGUCCCUACAGAAGAUAGGCACUCGGAGAAAGGUGACCAGGUCUCUGUCCCAGCCUGGGCUGAGGACAGAGAAUUUUCCUCGGACAUCUUACCACCUCAGUACAAUUCUCUUCCAACUAGUGAGAGAUCCAAUAGCCUUCUACCUCAUGGCACAGAAAAUGCUAACCUUAGCCAUGAUACAUUACUACCAGGAGGUCCUGUAGCCAGUAGCCGACAUCACCAAAUACAGGGACCUGAUGCUGACCAGUCAAUGUCCUACAGUGAGCAAUUUAGUGCAGAAAAAACACAGACCAGUGGGAUAUAUCUGUCGUCUUCUCACAAGUUACUCACCGGGCCAGCCCUCGUAUCUCCUCCAACUAUGAAAGCCCUAUCCUGCAUCCACGUGACAAUAUCUCCAAAAGAGGACUUGGGAGUCCCUGAUGCAUUGGUGGGAUCAGAUGUUGCUAAUGACGCACCAGAUUCCAGGCUCAGAGCAAAUCCCAAAACAUCUACAUUACCCCCGUCCAAUCUGUCCAGAAACGAGAGCGUACCAGCCAGCAGCCCCUAUUUUCUACAUUCUCCUGCCGCAACAAUGAGUGGAGGGACUACAGCCAUCAGUGAGGACACGGUCCAAGUGCUGGGCAAAGAGAAUAUUCCAGAGAUGUUAACGCAAUCAGACAGGCGGCGCUGGCCGCUAUCCGAUGCUGCGACACAGAUAACGACGGAAAGCCCAGAGAGAACUUCCUUCUCAGCGGAGAUCUUCAUUGACGGCACACAGCAUGAAGACACCACUUCUUCACUCACAAAGGACAAGAGGACUCCGGAGAUACAGCCGCCGUCCCGUCCUGCACUCUCCGGCCUCUGCCGGGCUACGGAUCAGCCUGUGCUGCUGCCAUACAAGCCCCCAGGAAGCCCAGAACUGUUCUAUGUCCCCUGCAUGGAGAUGGGGUACAGGAUGUCCCCUGUCAGCACCAUCGAGAGUUCCCAUCCAGGCUCCAAUGACGCCAUUUCACCAAAGUUUCCAGUGGAAGUUUUGGGCUCCGCCUCAGAAAAGUUAUCCGAUCACUCGCUCCCGAGGCACACAGAGGGCAUCUACAGUAAGGACCCUCUCCCUAAAAUAGCCUGGGAGAAGAUUCCAGAACAGCGGAGAUCCCCUACAGGUUUUCGUGAUGGCCUGGGAUUAUCCAACAAUCUGUCUCAACAAAAACAGACACCCACGCCAGACUCCGAGCCAAAGAAUGAGCUUGGGGGCUACGGUAAUGCAUCCUAUGGCACACUACAGCUCGGAGUCUCCCACCCUGAAUCGGAGCUGACACAGAGGUUGGAUCAUCGGAGAGAAAAUUACCAUCUACACUCAUCCUUUGGAGACAGUGAGUUCUUCCCUUUACGGCCUGAUGUUGAUCGUACAGAAGAGCAACCACUGAAAUACGAUUCCUUGGACAUGCCUUCUGGGUUGACCCAGACAAAGAAAACUGGUUACACGGUGCCUAGUUUUGAGGUUACCGAUGUUCAUGGAAGAAGUCUCAAGAACACAGACACACCAGGGAGCCAGAGCUACUCACCCACCAGCAGCCGGGACUCCAACCUAAGCCUGAGUGGAAAACACGCAGUUCGUGGCGACCCCAGGUCCUCCAGUAGUCGUGACAAUAAUGUUGAAGGCAGGUUCCAAAAAACUGAGUCGAUACGAAGUCAGAGUAUUGUCUCCAGCCAGAGCCUGGAUGAGCUCUGGGCGCGCUUUACACAAAGGAGCAAAAGUCAGCUGUCGGACUCAACCAACAAGCUGGAAAUAUCACUGGUGGAGCGUCUUGACCGACUUGCAAGGCUCCUACAAAACUCUGCCCCAAACUCACUGCUGUCUCCUAAAGAUGUCAAGAAAAGUCCUCAAAUCUUGACAGACAACGAAAUAGAAGAAGGCAGUGAAACCAAAAGAGACCAACGGUACAGGAAGAAAUCAGCAUUGAAGUCUCAGAAAGUUGGUGGGACUCCGUAUGAAAUGGAAACCUCUGAUAGCUCAGGGAGCCUGUGUUCACAAAAUAAACCAUAUGGCAAUGUUUCUAGUAGCGGGUCGCUGUAUUCAGACCUGCCCUCCGAGAAAAGAAGCACAGUAACUGAGAGCGCCAGCACAGAGUCAGAAGCUGCCACGCAAACCAGCAGUGAAGUCACGAUCAGGACAGGCUCCAGCGGUUCCAUGUCCACCAUUGACACGGUCCGACUCAUCAAUGCUUUCGGCCCAGAGAGAGUCCGUCCGUCCUCAAAGCUCUCCCGUCUCUACAGCACCAUAGACCUUCAAAAGAAAAAACCUUCAGAAAUCUCCAAGAAACCAAGCCGAGGGUCUUCUCACCGGCAGCAGUCUGGAAUGGGGAUCAGUGAGCUCCAGAAAAGUCCUAAAAAGGACUUGGCCUUCUCUGACAUCUCGUGGGAACCGAGUGCAGCUCUCAAACACAAGAGGGGCAGUAAGGUGCACAACAAAGGCAUCCAGGCAGGUGAGCUGGAAAUUGUGACCAGCGCUACCAGGAAAAACACCAGAGAUGUUGGGACGACAUUCCCGACCCCGAGAGGUGAGGAGGCUGUAACCCUGGCACACGGCAGCCCCAGCCUCGGUGGGUCAAAGAGGAAGCAGCCUAUCCGGCAAGCGCUGAGCUGGUUUGUACCAGCAGACGAUGUGCAAUCUGACAGUCGGAAGGAGAAUAAGAUGAGACCUCAGCGCGGUCCUGGACAAGUCUGGUUCGAGCAAAUGACAAACGCCAAACCCUGGAGAGAACCUCUGCGGGAGAAGAAUCUGCAGGAUCUGGUCACCAGGAGAGAAGAUCAUCUACAGACCAGAUCCCAGAUCCUCUCUGAUACAGAGAGCAAAUCACCCCGACCAUUUGUCAGAGUCACUCUACAGGAAUCUCUGAAGACUCACCGACCGGAUUUCAUCUUCCGUUCCGGGGAGCGGGUGAAACGUCUGCGGCUUCUCUCCAAGGAGCGCAAGUUGCAGCAGAUGUUCCAGAGUGAGCGGGAAGAGCUCUUCAACCAGCCGGCGAGAGGCAGAGUCUCCAGGCGCCAGAAUCCCAUCACAGAUUCUAGAAGGUCCCAGCGGAACAGCGCCAUCCCGAGGAGCGAGAUGAUCGCGAGGUCCAGGAGGAUAUAUGAGCAGCUUCCAGAGAUCACCAGGAGAAAGGACGAGGAGAAGAGGAGGACAGAGUACGAGUCCUAUCGUCUGAAAGCUCAGCUAUUCAGAAAGAAAGUAACAAACCACAUUCUGGGCAGGAAGACCCCCUGGAACUGAGCGAGGACCCGUCCGCCUCUAUAUACCGCAAUUUGCCUUAAUUCCCGACAUGUGAAAAUAUAAGCCGCACAAUUUGUCCUUU